CUGUCUGCCAUGCACGUCAUCGUCCCGCGACUUGUCACAUGGUGACAACACAACCCGGGUCUCCCCGGCACCGGUUUCUGGUCGGGUGGGUUCGCUUCUGCUUCGUAUUUCUGAGAGGGUCCGUGUGAGUCAGCGGGAAACCUCGUCGGUGAAGUGAGCGAGUUUCUUUCCAGCAGUUUCAGCUCUUCUUCUUCUUCUCCUCCUCCUCCUCGUCGUCUUCCCCUGCUCCGCCAGCCAUGAGCGACAGCGACGACGACGACGGCGUCCCGACACUGUCCGCGCACACUCUGGCCGCCCUGCGGGAGUUUUACGACGAGACCGGGACCGGUGCGGCUCGGGGCGCGACACCUUCGGGCCGGUUCGCUGUGGGGGCGGUGGAGGAGGACUGGCGGAUGAGUCAGUUCUGGUACAGUGACGAAACAGCGAGUCAGUUAGCCGAAGAGGUCGUACGUGAAGCUGGAGAGGGAGGCAGGAUAGCGUGUGUGAGUGCGCCCAGCGUGUACCAGAAGUUGAAGCAGGGUGUGGUGGACGGUUCAGACCGGGUGUCUGCUGUCGUGUUGGAGUACGACCGCCGCUUCGCCGCCUACGGAGAUGAAUUCAUCUUCUACGACUACAACGAGCCGCUGUCUUUUUCGGCCGACGUGGCCCCUCGGAGCUUCGACGUCGUCCUCGCCGACCCGCCCUACCUGUCCGAGGAGUGUCUGAGCAAAGUGGCCAAAACCAUCGAGUACCUGAGCAAAGGCAAAGUGCUGCUGUGCACAGGAGCCAUCAUGGAGAAUCUCGCCAAAGAGCUUCUGGGCCUGAACAUGUGCAGCUUCCUGCCGAAACACAACAGAAACUUGUCCAACGAGUUCCGCUGCUUUGUCAACUAUCCGUCUCGCCUGCUGUCCUGCUGAGGAGUCGAACCCCCGUCGGAUCGAUAUCUUGACCGUUCGGAGCGGAGACAGCAGGACCCCGAUGGACGGAGGACAUCACACAGACAUUUCACAACUAUGAUUAAUACUUAACAGUGACAAAUGCACUUGGGCUUGUGGG